ACCUAUCAAGCCCUGUUUCUCGAGCUGAACGCUACUUUUCACAAAACCAUGCACGAUCGGCCUCUUUGUCGGGCAUGACGGUUCCUAAGGAUCGAUCGCAUGCUGAGGAAGCAGAAGGAAAAAAGGAAGUCGAAGAAGAACCCGAACUAGACAUUGAUAUUGCGAAGGCCUAUUGCGAACUAACUGAAGACACAAUCCGGAUUUUUCCCAGCCAGAAACUAGAAGCCAUGAUGGGUGAACUGACUCGACUUCAACGCCAAGCAUCUGAAUAUCUGGGCUAUCUUUUAGAUCAACGAGAGCAACUUAUGAUGGAUGCAGAAACUUAUAAUGAUCUGAUCAGUUGUAUCGUUGGGCAUGCUCAACGACUAAGAGAGCAGCAUGUAGGAAAAGAUUCCAGUCCGGCUAUGGUGAAGAAGAAGAAGACAGGAUUAACUAUGUCUCUUAUGAGACGCAAACCGACAAAUGGCCCGGCUUCAUAUGGCACAUCAAUGGGAGGUGGUGUAGUGGGUGUUAAGCAAUCAACAGGAACACAAAAGAAACCAAUGUCAGCAGCUGAAGGAAGGCGAUCGAUGUGAAGAAUUAAUUAAACUUUAUAUAUAUUCUUCUUCUUCUUUUGUUAAUGGUAUUUAUGUACAAUGCGUUUUGGACAAUCAUAUAAAGUAGAAAUAUAUUUCCUCAAGCUUUGGUAGAGU